CCGUUACCAAGCCAACAAAGAAAGCUUUCCCGCCAAGCUUUUUCUAACGCUCUAUUCCAUGGGCACCCUCCAACACUCUCCCGGGCUAUCUAUCUCUGUUACACCCCCAGAAGGCCACUUACAACACUGCUUCAUAAAUCAGCUGUCAGCUGGAGGAAUUGGUUUUUUUUUUGUUGUGCGCUGGCGAAAAAGAAGAAAAAUUGCAGUUCUGGUGUUUUGCUAGUGAUUUUCGCCAUUUUCUGAACUUUGGCAAGGCCCUUGUCUACUCGAAGGCGGAUAUUGCAUUGGAGAUGGCCGGCGCACGAAGACGGAUUUUCAAAUGGCUCUUGCUGGCCGCUUGGAUGGCGUCAGCAUAUGCCGACGUCACGGGCGGCAGUGGAGGUGGUGGAGGUGUUACCACGCAAAAUGCCCUGCUGCUGGGCAAGAAGCACAAAGAGACUGCGGACGCGGCAACUGGCGGUGGCCUGUCCCAGUCCGGAGUUUGCCCACGAAUGCUGCGCCACGUAUUCGAGAACGCCACACCGCGGGACGAGCAGCAGGCCGGAGUCUUCGAGGAGUACAAACCCUCACCGGACAGUGGGGAGCCCAUCGAGGAGGAGGCCUACCUGUGGAACUGUCUGCAGGCCUGCUGCGACAAGCCCCGCAACCAGACUGUUCCCUGCAACGUGGUCCUGGUUUUCAAGGGAAAGUGCUACCACAUCCGCUGCAAGAGCGAUGAUGCAUGUUUGCCGAAGCAGAGGAUUCGUUUGGCUAACGAGAAGGUCCAGAUGGUGCUGGUCAAUCCCGUGGGCGAGGCCUCAUGGCCCCAGCUCCUGAAAGCCGAGGCAGCCAAGCAGAAUGCCGAGAUCCUGCCGUACGAUGAGGCAGCCCUGAACUUCUGGAAGCAGCCCAGGCGACUGGGAUACCUAGGGUCGCGUAAUCAGGAAUCCCCCGCUUACGAAGACGAGGACUUCCCCUUGGCCGACAAGCGAAUGAAUGGCCAGAUGAUCCUCCAGCCGGACGACACUGAUGUGCUGGCCAACGAGGAGCUCGGCUUCUACGACCAGAACUCCAAGUUCACGGCUUGCGACAUAGAGAACCCCUGCCCGCCGCCCCAACAGUGUGUGCCCCUGCAGGCCAAUGCCGUGAGGGGCGUGUGCACCUGUCCGAAUGGAUUUGUGUGGAACAAGCAGCGGAAGUGCGUGAUGGCUGCCAUUCCGUACAGCUCCUACCUCACCAGCAACGAGGUGGUGCAGCCGGACACGGCGGCCAGUGACAAUUCGCCCGAAGUAUCGUCCUCAUCCACGAAAGCCGAGCCAAACAAGGACAUUGUGGUGUCGGUGAUGUCCAAGGAGGUGCGUCUGCCGGAGCAGGAGGUGACACUGGCCGCCUUCACGGUGCCCGAUGAGCAGACCAGCAACACCAAGUACAAGUACCUUUGGACUCUGAUCUCGCAGCCGAAGGGACCGAUGAAUGGCACCAUUUCGGACCAGAGCAAGUCCAAGGUGAAGCUAUCGAAUCUAUCCGAGGGACUGUACACUUUUAAGGUCACCGUAACGGGCGACAAUGGAACCUUUGGCGAGGCGACAGCGAACGUCACCGUGCUUCCCGAGAAUCGCAUCAACCAGCCGCCCCAGGUUAUUAUUUCUCCCAGCGAGCAGAUCAUCCGGCAGCCCACCACGAACGCCAUCUUAGACGGCAGCACCAGCACGGAUGACGACAAAAUCACCAACUGGCACUGGGAGGUGAUCUCGGGACCCAUUGGCUAUCAGCCAGUGCUGCCGGAGGUCAACACCCUCCAGCUGGAUCUCACCUCUCCGGGCAACUACACUUUCAAGCUCACCGUAACCGACUCGAAUAACGUCACCAACUCCACCACGGCCACGAUAGCGGUGCUGAAGGAAACCGACUAUGCUCCAGUGGCCAAUGCUGGAGACGCUGUCAUCCUCUAUCUGCCGAACAACAAUGUCACUUUGAACGGAACUGCCAGCUCGGAUGACCACGAGAUCGUGGCCUGGGAGUGGACAAAGGACGCCAGUGACGAGGCCAAAGCGGUGGACAUGCAGAACACAAGGACCCCGUAUGCCCAGCUCUCCAAUCUGGAGGAGGGCAUGUACACCUUUGUCCUGAAAGUGACGGAUGGCAGCGGGCAGUCUAGCACCGCCAAGGUCCAUGUCUUUGUGAAGCCUCCAACCAACUCUCCACCAGUGGCACGGGCAGGUGCCAAUGCAACCACCAGUUUGCCCAUCAACUGGGUGCUUCUCAAUGGCUCUGAAUCCAAGGACGAUAUAGGCAUCAAGUCCUACCUUUGGAAGCAGCUGAGUGGCCCCAACAACGCCGUCAUUCUAAAGUCCAACUCUUCGAUUGCCAAUGCCACUUCCCUGACCCUAGGUCUCUACCAGUUCGAGCUGAGUGUCUCGGAUGAGAACAACAACACCGCCACCGACACCACCUGGGUCAAGAUUGUACAAGAACGUAAUGCACCUCCGAUAGCCAACGCUGGCGGAGAUCGCAGCAUCACCCUGCCGGCCACCGCAAUCUACUUCAAUGGGUCCAAAUCCUGGGACGACCUGGCGGUGGUGAAGUAUUCUUGGACGCGGGAGGACAACAGCCUGGCGGCAGGUGUCAUUGUCGCCGACACCGACAAGCAACCAGUGAUGAUUCUGACCAACCUCGUCAAUGGACGCUACGUCUUCAAGCUAACUGUGAGCGAUGACCAGGGACUAACCAGUUCGGAUACGGUCAGCGUGAACGUCCAUCCCGAUCCCAUGCUGAUGCACCUCGUCCAGAUGACACUGCCCAUGGGCAUGUCGGUGCUCGCACAGUCCGAGCUGGACUCGGUGGUCCAGAAACUGCAACUGUUGCUUGGCGACGAGAACAAAAUCCAGAUCAGGGAGCUCAAGUACGACCUGCACACGGGAGCGGCUGUCCUGGUCUUUUAUGUCAACGAUGGGAGUGGAAAGCCAGUCGAUGGCCUGCAUGUGGAGCGGCAGUUGCGGGCCCAGCUGCAGAAGGAUGCCUCCAUCUUGGGUGCCCUCUUCGUGGACAUUCGCACAACGGUCUGCCAGAACAAUUGCUCCGGCCAUGGCAGCUGCAAUCCCACCACCAGAGCCUGCAUCUGCGAGGCUUUUUGGAUGCCCUCGGCAGGGUUCUUCUUCAACAACCAGGAGGCCAAUUGCGAUUGGUCCAUCCUGUAUGUCUUUGUGGGAGUCAUUGUUGGCUGCCUGCUGUUGUCGGGCGUGUUUUGGGGCAUUGCCUGCGCCUGCCGGCAGUCGAAGAAGUCGCGUCAGCGCCAGAAAGUGCAGAAGUACGCACUGAUAGGCAACCAGGACGAGGAGGCAGCUGGUUAUUCCCGUAACACAUCGCUGACUGAAUCGGAAACCGACUCCGAUGUCCUGUUCGAGACGCGCACAAAGUCCAAUGGCUUGGGCAAGCACAAGCCCCACCACCACGGCAGCAGUGGCGGCAGUGGCUCCUCCGGACGGGAGGGACACAAGUACAGUAUGCAGAAGCUGGGCCGCAAGAUCAAGGCCUGAACAGGCGAACAGCGAAGUAGACAGUAUAUAUAAGUGUGUGUUAGUCGAUCAACUAUACUGUGUGUGUGAUAUAUAAUUGUAUUUCUAUCUUGUACUCCUUUUUUUUAUACUUUUUAUCUGCACACCCCACCCUUGUUGGGUGGGGGUGUCCUUGCCACUUUUGUCUCUAUGUUCCUUUAUGUUAAGUAUUUUUAUUCAUUAUUUGUUAUAUUUUUAAGCUGCUGCUGCUGUGCAACAAAGAUUUAUGUUUAAUUUUAAAUGGAAAUGCUUUACCUCGAUAUCGAUAUACUUUUUAUGUCUGUAUAUAGAGAUAGCUGUUCACAAUCAAUGUAACAAACGACAUGUAACUGCUUAAAGUGCAUUAUUCCCACAUUAAACGAAACCAAUAGAUGAAAAAA